UUGGCUCAAAUUGAAGGCGAAACUUUGAAGGGCUGCAGCGCGCAGCAUCCCAAUGUGCCCCUCGAGAGGCAGAUUCUACGUGCUCACUUGGGGGCUGCUGAUAAACGUCGGCCUGACUGCCCCAAACUUGAAGUUGGAGGAGGUCCAUCCCAAUCAGUUGCUAGACUUCCUCUCGGCCGAGUUGAACAUUCAUGACCAGAAGUCCCCGGAAGCUCUCUACCACCUCAAUGAGUUCCAAGAUGUCUCAGAGAUGGAUUGCGAUCAGCGGCUCUUCUACUUGAUGAAUGAAACGGUGGUCCUCCGUGAUGCUGUCACCAAGCUGCACAGCGACAUCAUGGGCUUGGCGGGAAUCUUCAUUGAGCUGCUGCGGCAUGUGCAAGAAAGCACCUGGGUUUGGCUCCUCACCACCUCACAAGAGAGGGUGCUGCAGAAGGUCCAGACGUACUUCUUCCGUGUCAUGGCACUUUCCGUAGAUCAGCAUCCCUGCAUGAAGGCUCUGGUGCGAGAUGUGCUACUGGUAGGCAUUGAAGCUUGGAAGGAGUUGCAAGUAGACUUGCUGGCACUACAGUGGCACAGCUUUGCCUUCAGCUUCUACAGGGAUCCAGCCUUCCAGGGGAGUGCCGGCACCGUGGAAGAGAGCUUUGUGGCGGGAACUUAUUGGCUGACAAAGCUGCAAGAUUGGAUGCACAAUUACACCCGGCAGGUUUAUGAGGCAUUGCUGACGCUCGAAGGUGAGGUGAGCUCCAUGACGGCAGGUCCAAUUCGACUUCACCACCAGGAUGAGCAUGGCUCCUUUGUCACUUACGAGUUCAUGCGUCGAAAGGUCUUUAAGCAGUGGGCGAUCGACAAGGGCUUGCUGCGUGGGCUGCUGCGGCAUGUUUGGCAACCUGAUCUAGAAGAGCCCUUGGCCAUUGGUGACUUCGGAGCUGGGGGUGGCCACUACAGCCAAUGGCUUAAUGAGACGGGCUUGCUGGAGGCCUUCGCCUUUGAUGGCACCCACCAAGCUGCGGAACUCACGGACGGCCUGGUUCAAGAGGUGAAUCUGGUCGAGGAGAUGACCCUGUGGAGGACCUUUGAUUGGAUUCUUUGCCUGGAAGUGGGCGAGCACGUGCCCAAGCCCUUCGCGCCCACGCUGCUGGCCAACUUGAAGCGUCAUGCGACCAAGGGUUUGGUGAUGUCCUGGUCCGAUGACUGGGAAGGCAUCGGCCAUGUGAAUUGCCUCUCGCGCGAGGACUUCGUGGCCUUCGUCCAGGACUCUACCGGCUUUCGCCUCGAUGCCACAGCGACAGAGCUGGUGCGCCAGGCCUGCGAGAUCGACUACAUCGCUCGGACCUUGGCCGUCUUCCGCGCACCGGACGCGGGACCGUAGCGGCUGCAUGACGCGGCGAUGACCCGUCGACCGCGGCGAUGACCCGACACCGAGUUCGGGCGCGGGGG